UAAAUGGCUUGUUUUGGGGGGAAAUUUUAAAUAUUUCUUCUAAUAUUUUGGAUAAAAUGAUUUUUAGUUACUGCGAGCGCAACCUCUAAUACGUUCUUCGAGAGUGGGUAGAAGAGAACAAACCAAAUCCGUGCGGAACCUGUGCUGAAACCUCUUGUUUACGGUGUCGGAUUACUCUACUGCAAGAUCUAAGAAUGGACAAUUGCCAUAAUUAUGCUACGACUUCAAAAAAGCGAAGAAUACCGAUCUCAGACGACAUUCACAUUAUUAUCAAAAAAUUCCGAGACAAGGAUAAGCAUGACGAAAAACCCUCGACGUCAGGCGAUCAUGAUUACGACGACGAGCAUAGCAUGGACUCGGAGGAACUCAAACGAGUUCGACAGCAAGAGCCAUCCUCCUCCUGUGUAGUGGCUAGCACUUCCAGUAACAGUAGCGGAACACUAUGUUCAUCGAACAAUAACUUGGGCGCUGGUAGUACUGGAAUCACUAUCGGAGGAAUGACAAUACAACAGCAACCAGUUUCUUCACAGCCCGAUGAUAUCAAACUUAUUUUGAAAAAGUUGACAAACAUCGAAGAGCUGCUGAAAGUUGUUGCCGAACAGAGUUUCAACCGGUUGGCUGCUCUCAAGCAGGAAGCUGGAACUGGUGCAGCUACUGCCGCCAAUCUUGGCUUGAUUGCUGCCGAGCCAAGUUGCAUUAACGUGGAGUCUAUGUUUAAGUUCCCACUGAGGACACUCAAGGAACUGAUCGAGCUGAACAAGGGCAUCUGCAGCGACGAGAGCUUGUAUAACAAGCUGUUUGAGUAUCUCACCAAAAUUAAGCUGGAAUGUGAUGAAAACAUUGUGAUGAAUGCUCUCGGUUCGAUAGUCAGUGACGAGGUGCUCGAUGCAGUAUCCUGGGAUGGCGGUAAAAAGUUCAAAUUGUCUUCGCUGGUGAUUUUCAGCGAUUCUCUGUACGUGGCCUGGUUCAAGGAUCGGCUUAAGUACGACGAGUACGUCGCGGAAAUGAAGGACGCAAUCGAAAAGUCUCACAAGCGGUACGCAAAAACAAAAGCGAAAAAAUCCACCUUACAGCAGCAGUCGCAGCAGCACCAAACGCUCACACUGACAACGGCCAGUGGAACCACAACGGCCACGGUCGUCACCGAUGGCGGUCAGCUUUUUUUGUCGUAGUCAUCCAUUUAUUCAGUCAAGGUAGGUCGUUUUUUCACUAAUUGUUCCGUUCAUUUUAUUAUUUGCUCUGCAAUAAAAUUCUGUGUCACUAUACAUGCACUUUCUUCUUUAUAAAAAUCAGUUUGUUGAAUUGAUAUGUCUAUCAUAUAUUGCACUUUCCGUUGAAAAAAGAAUCGGACAGAAGUUAGAAACACGGAAGUAGGUUUUACUGACGGUAGCGUUGAAAAUAUGGCGAGGCAAAGGCAGUUGCUAAAUAACAAACUUUAUAGUCAAGUGUGAUCGAUUACAUAAAAUAACAGAAAAAAAAAUGUACUAAUGGUUUUGAAAACUUGAUAAGACAAGAAUACAAAAA